AUGGAUGAAGUUGGUGCUCUGACCGUCCAAGAUGUUUUAACGGUGUGGCUUUGCGACCUUCCGCUUAAGACGACCCUAAAGGAUGCACUAUCAGGAGUGACACAACUUACAGGUGAAGAGAAUAUUAACCAGAUACUGAGGUUCCACCCGCCGCAUGCCAGUGCGCUGACGCAGUCUGGGGAGUGCAAAGGAAUGCUUUCGCUGGUCGGUGAAAAAAUCAUUAAGGCGGUUGCCUCACAAUAUGCAUUACUAAGCUUCCCAGUAGGGGACACCUACAAACUAACCAACGCCACGCGCGUCCUUAUAUCCAACGAAACCUUCGGAACUGUACUGAAGCAAUACACUGGCCCAACUUUCGGUGAGCGUGAAAUGUUCACGCGCUUCCUUGCACUUUCCUUGUAUGGACACGGGGUGCGGGUUGCCUGCAUGUUGCUUCUGCCGGUGUUCAGGGCGACUCUGCUUGCUAACCAAUACGCCAUCGAUCUACCUGCUGUAUUAAACUCCCUCGUACCAUGCGCAUCUUUUUCUCGUCGGAACCUCGGGGAAAAGCUUGAGAUGCUGCGGGGAGAGCUUGAGAAACGGGGUGUAGUUGUUAAGAGAGUCGUGGAGUCGGGCCCUUGUGGAUGGGGUGGGUGUGAACGAUACACCGUGGAGGUGUUGUAUGGCGGGGAGCUGUCGCGGUGCGAGAAGGGAAAGGUGCUGAGUGAGUUUUAUCAUAUUGUCAUGGAGGAAGCGAAGAAAACUAUAGCUAACACAGAGGUCAAAAAGCCAAGGACCGUAACUUUCGAACCUGAGCACCUCAAGAUGUGGAUGCAUAAUUUGCGUUUCCUGCUGCGCCUCAGUGACAGGUACAGAGAUGAGUUUGACGACAACACGCUUCAGUCGAUAAAGCAAAGCGCCGGUUGGAUACCGAUCAGCGAAGUUCAACAGCUGCUUGAAGCCCAAGUAACCAGGUCAAACAGGCAGCAGCCACCUGGGCGCGAUUGGAUAUGUGAGCUUGUGAAAAGGCACGAUCUCCUGGGGCGAUUCCAGGUAGGAACCUGUGACGUAGAGGGAAGUGAGUUCGAGGGGCUACAGUGCGCGCGUGCUCUUUACGGUCACGAGGGGCGCAAUCUGCUGAUGAAGAGUGUAUUUGACUCGUUCAGCACCAUCCGUGAUCCUGGUGGUCGACCCUCCACUGGAUGGAUGCGCAUUGAUGGAAAAAGGAUGAAGUUGGUGAGCAAAGACAAAGGUUAUUCGCUACAUGACAGCAUACCGCAUGUCACUAUCCAUUCGACCGAAAGCCUUCACGCUUUUCAGUGGUAUCGCCUAAAAAAACCGUUAGAGGAACAGUAUGACGAAAUAUUGUCGUCGCGGAAGCCGCUGUACUUUGCGGAGUUUCGUCUUCACGAUGCCUUAAAUGACGAUAGGAUGCUAGUGAGGGAAUUAAAGGGCAUUGGCGCUGUUCCGCCACAAUGGGUCGUUUUUACAGAGCAUAAUAGAGAUGAUGACCACCAGAGGAGCACUUUGGUUAUUCCGGAAAAUUACUUCACUGGAAAGGUAGCGGUGUUGUGUACGAAUGCCGAGGAUGUAGCGACCGAAGGCAUGAUUGACACAAAGGAUCGACAGACCCCUGAAGAUGAGGAACUUCUAAUCGUCUACAAAACCUGGCUACUGUCAGCAGAUACACAAAACUCCGGUGACAGCAAAGAUGGUGAGGAGAACCUGUCUCCACGCCACAGGCUGCCCGCCCACCAUACCUCAACCGGUGCUACUAGCAGUGAUGACAAAGGGACGACUUCGGUUGGAGCACACGAUUGUGUGGUGAUGGACCAGGCAGAGCAGCCCAGCGUACCGACUGCAGACUAUAUGGAGAUGCUUCUGGAUGAGGAGAAGAGAAAGAUAGAGCUUUUCGAAAAUACAAACACGUACGCCACUUUCGUAGCCUUUCCCAAGUACAAUCUUCAUGGUGCUCAGAUCCAAAACCGCUCCAAGGGCAUUGCAGCAUUUAAGACAUGGAUACAGGAACGGGGGUUGAAGUACUCUCGUUGGCGUACCGGAGAGAAUGACCAGGAGGAAACAUAUGAGGUGCGCAAACCGCGCAACUGGAGUGCUGAGUUCGUGGAGUGUAUAGCAGGAGAGCUGGGACUUACUCACAUGCCUGACAAAACACUUCUCAAGUGGGCAACUACACGGGAGUGUGAGGAUAAGGAACAGAACUAUGAAAUAUUGGAAUUUAUCGGCGAUGCCAUAAUGGAUUUUAUAGUGGUAUCAGACAGCUUUCUUCUGGGGGAGCCCUGGCACAAGGAUGUUAAUACCAAACUGUGCUGCAACGAAGUACUAGCCACACUCAUUCCACCCGGACUAAGCGAGGAACUCUCGAGAGUUUAUGACGAGGUUCAUUACAAGGUUAAAGCAGACAUGGUAGAGAGCAUUCUGGGAGCAGUGUAUCAAAGCGGGAUGGGGCUUGAUGAAGUGCGGAAGCAGCUACGAAGGUUUUUCAGGUGGAUCCCCGAUAUUAUCAUGGAUGUUAAGAACUUGUGUAACUCCACUGUCGAGGCACUUCGUGCCGCCGAGAGAGUGUGCCCGUACCUUCAUCCGAAUGAAGAAGCACUUGACCAGUUAUUCAAGUAUGAUUGUGAAUCACUCAUUGACGAGGAAUUCUUUAGUAUGUUUGGAUGUGUGGAUCGCAAACGUUUUGAUGCUCGGGGGGCGAGCCACUACGCAUUGACACCAUUUCACCGGAUCCAAGACAAAAUGUUCGCAACACACUUCACCACAGGUUCGUGCUACUCGUACCGUUAUGUUCCCUCUAUUGAUACUCCAUCCAUAUUCAACAGAAUUCUUUCCGCAUUUUCAGCUGGAUCUAUUGCUUUUGUAAAUGAACUUGUUACCGAGGAUACGCAUGUAACAAUCGAUUUCGAUGGUGCCAGUGUCCACGCACACGGUGCUCUGCGCCUCAUUUGGAGUUGGUUUAUUGGCAAAUUCCCCUCAAAAUCGUCUAUGUUUCUUCUAGACUGCUCAGGAAUGUCAGUGGUCACAAACAGGUUAAAGUAUUCGUACCACAUCCACUUUCCACAAGCGGUGACAACUCUAAGCAAAUCGAAGUCCUUGGUGGAAGAGCUCCAGUCUUAUGUCGUUAAAUGCGUGGGUGCGGGCAGUUUGUUGGGUGACAUUGUCGGGUUCCAUUGGAAGGAAGGUGAGGGUAACCAAGAAAGGGAAGCGGCCGUAGCGGGACGCGUGAUAUUGUGCACCAAAUUAUUGCAUCAAAGGCUACGCGAAGCCGGGGGGAGAGUUGAUGCGAAGUUCUCCGCGUACAUGGAUUUACAGAGCAUCCUUGCACUUGGGCGGACGUGUCGUGAGAUACGUCAUGCAACACUCAGCUACCUGUGCGAGAAAUUGCAUCCAAAGGAACCUUGGGGUUUUGUUGUGAUGGGUUGGUCGCGGCAUCCCGUCGGCCAGACCAGCGAACGAGAGCCCCAGUUUGUGCUUGUGCGGACGCUAUGGGCCUCUCAACAAGAGAAAGACUACAUUGGUACGUUGAUUCUUUUUCCCACGGAAAGUUUGAGUGACACAACCGAUGAAACGAGCUCUGUCUGGAAGGCAGUUGUGCGGAAAGUGAAGGAAAAGGAGUGUAAGCCAAAGGAGUUCUUCCUUGAAGUCGUCAAGUCGAGUCGGGAACAGUGCAUUUUCUCUUCGGCUUAUUGGGAGCGAGUUAUUGAUAGCAGUCUACAUAGCAGCAGGAAGUUGAGAAUGUACUUGAAUGACAAGUUCGAUGUGAAGUAUGGCCAGGAGUUCCGACCACUUUUUCUCGAAAGACUGGUCAACUCCAGUCAAGAAGUGAGGACAGUGACACCCAAGGAGAGCAACGUGUCUCGCUUUGUCAGGAGCCAGGAAAUGAAGGCUUCAGCAAAAGACAACGGUGAGGAAGAGUACCCGGUUGAGGUUGCACAUGGGUCAACGCUCCGCCUUGUUUCCCUCCGAUGCCCAGGGUACCGCGAUGUGUAUGGUAAGCUUUGGAACGCGUGGUCAGUAGGAAACAACAGCGACGAUACAUUUGUCAGCAUCGAGCUCGGCACUCCGGUGGACGACUUGCUACCAGUUUUCGGCGCUGAAUAUAAAGAGGACGAAAUCCUUUCAACGGAAUGGACCCGUUUCGUGGAAGGCGCUUUUGGGCUGCAGCCGAGUGUAGAAACUCUGGGUGGUGGCAGCAGCGAACAGAAAACAGCUGCUUUGCAGCCUGCAUACUGGAUUUACGACCCUAAGUUAGGUCAGGCCAACUUUUGCAUCGCUGGUGAAGUCGCCUUCUUCAUCAGGCCAUGUACGUGUCUGUUGGAGGGUCUAACGACACAGGGAGGAAUGAAACAAAUGGUACAAUACAUUGUACCGACAGUUAAGUUAGAAGACUUGCCGACAAGGGAGUGGAUGCGGUCGUAUCCUUCAAAUUGUUUUCCGCUCUUCCUAGCACCACGAAAAGGAAGUUGCUUCCAGCCCGCAGGUGAACCACAUCCGGUGGUGGCAUCUAACGACGGUCAGACAAUUACGGUUCAAGCCCCGGUCACAGCGGCUGCUGUUACACGUGUCCGUUCUAAGGUCAUUGAAGUAACACUCAACAGCAGCACCCAAAGGCCCGUGGACUUUGAACAACUCUACAAGGCGAUGGAUGAUGUGUUCAGUGGGUCGUAUGGCCCAUCCCUUUUUGUCACGUCUGAUAUGGCGAUUUUUUCGGUUUUACUAGACCGCUUCCCAUGUGUUGUGACUCCUGAUUAUUUCAAGUCUUCAGUGUCGGAGGACUAUACAAUCCAUAACGGCCGCACCUUUCACUACAUCUUUAUUAUGGACAAUGCGUGCGACCACUACCAACACACAAAGGUUUCCACAGGCCUGCUGGAACUGCUAGACAAGGAAGUCGGUAUGAUAUUAGUGACGAGUGCAACUAUACAAAAAUUUUUUCGCACAAACCGCUGA